AUGGCUAGACAAACUAAGUGUCAUUUUGUUUCGUUCCAGGUACAGAAAAUAGUUUCAACAUCAGCUUCGAGCAGACCACGGCCAAAUUCAAGCGGAACCUCCAAGGCGAAGCGAACCAGAACCGCGUAUACCGCACACCAGCUUACACAAUUGGAGAAACAAUUCCACACUGAGAAGUAUUUGUGCCGACGCCGACGCAUCCUAAUGGCACAGGAAUUAAGUCUCACGGAACGCCAAAUCAAAAUCUGGUUCCAAAACCGGAGGAUGAAGUAUAAAAGGGAAGAGAAACAAAGAGUGUCAUCUCCUACUCUGAAAUUCGCUUCAUCCGCUGCUAGUCCAACUACCACACCAGGAAUCCAAUCGAUAAGACCUAAACACCAUUUGGUGACAAUGAGGCAGGCUGGUCAUGAACGUGCAUGUCACCGAUGCUACCGAGAAACCAGAGGGAAGAUAACGUUUGGUGUAACCAGUAUAGUUCGUAUCAACGUCUCCAACUAG